AUGCCUGCAGCCCCUCGAGACGCGUUAGAGUUUCCUGAGUCAGAUCGGCUCUUUCUAGAGCCUCAGCUGCCACCGCGAGAUGGCUCGACCCCGCGUCCCGAUAUGCCCUUCACGACCCUCACUUUCGCAACAUCACUCGAUUCUUCUCUGGCCCUAUCUCCGGGAACUCGCACUGUGCUAUCGGGACCUCAAUCAAAAGCGAUGACCCAUUAUCUGCGGUCCCGCCACGAUGGAAUUUUAGUGGGCGUCGGCACAGCCCUGGCCGAUGAUCCAGGUCUGAACUGCCGCAUCGCUGGGGUUGGAGGGUAUGGCGGCGAGAAUCUAGAUUUUCAACCCCGACCGAUCGUCAUCGAUCCGACUGCAAGAUGGAACUUUUCUGACAAUAGCAAGUUGUUUCAGCUAUGCAGAGAGGGGCGCGGCCGCGCGCCAUGGGUUGUGACAACUAUGCCCGAACCGCCCGCCGAGAAGGAUGCUCUGCUCAAGGAAUAUGGAGGGCAAUUUAUUUCGCUGAAAAUGACGACUUCAGAGUCCGGUCGUCACCAGAUCGACUGGAAUGAACUGCUUGUCACUCUCCGUUUGAAAGGUCUUCGGAGUGUUAUGAUUGAGGGCGGUGGCCACGUCAUUAACUCGUUGUUAGAACCGAGCUAUAUGUCUCUUAUUGAUCGAGUUGUUGUGACGAUUGCACCAACAUGGCUCGGACAAGGGGGCGUUGUUGUUUCUCCAGCGAGAAGGUUUGACGAGGAAGGGAAUCCGAUGUCGGCCGCCAGGUUGAAAAACGUCAAGUGGUAUCCUUUUGGAGAAGAUGUUGUUCUAUGUGGUCAAGUCAAUGUCUAA